UCCUCCAUGCCCUGCCUCAGCCACACCUUCCGGUUUCCAGGCAAAGGGAAACACCUUGAGCUGGCCAGGAGCCAGCCAGCUUGUGUCUACACUGGGUGACCCUGCUGGUCAUACCGGCUGCGAAUUAGACGCUGAGGUCUGUGCUCAGGGAUGCCCGCAACAUCACAGGACAUCCAGUGGCCUUUCCAGUCAAGUUAGCUCCCUGUUCUCCUCAUCCCCUUUUUCCACCCAGGUGGAGUUAUCCUAACAUUUGAGUGAAGCUCCUGCACACCAGGCACUGAAUCAAGUUGCUUAUGAGCAUCUAACUUCAAGUUUACAUCAACCUUAGGAAUGAGGGACAAGGAUGGCCAGACUGCCCGUGGCCAUGAGCGCUCCUCAGUACUCCUGGGGCUGAGGCUGCGCUGGCCGCCAUGGGGCUGGGUGGGCCCUGGGCCUGGCUGCUGGGCCUGCCCACGGCCAUGGUCUAUGGCUCCCUGGCCCUCUUCAUCUCUGUCCUGCACAACGUGUUCCUGCUUUACUACGUGGACACCUUUGUCUCAGUGUACAAGAUCAACAAAGCUGCCUUCUGGGUCGGAGAGACGGUGUUUCUCCUCUGGAACAGCCUCAAUGACCCCCUGUUCGGCUGGCUGAGUGACCGUCAGUUCCUCAGCUCCCAGCCCCGGUCAGGCGCCAGGCUCUCCUCGAGGGCCGUGGUGCUGGCACGGGUGCGGGCGCUGGGCUGGCAUGGGCCGCUGCUGGCGCUGUCGUUCCUGGCGUUCUGGGUGCCCUGGGCCCCAGCUGGCCUGCAGUUCUUGCUGUGCCUGUGCCUCUAUGAUGGCUUCCUGACGCUCGUGGACCUGCACCAUCAUGCCUUGCUGGCCGACCUGGCCCUCUCAGCCCACGACCGCACCCACCUCAACUUCUACUGCUCCCUCUUCAGUGCGGCUGGCUCCCUGUCUGUCUUUGCCUCCUACGCCUUCUGGAACAAAGAAGACUUCUCUUCCUUCCGCGCCUUCUGCCUGGCACUGGCCGCUGGCUCUGGGCUGGGCUUUGUGGGGGCCACACGGCUGCUGAGGUGGCGGGUGGAGGCGGCCAGCAGGGAACCGGGGUGCCCAACCCUGGCUGUGGAUGGCGGCCUGUGUGAAGAAGAAGAGCUGCUUCUUGGCGGCGAGGAGACGGGCAGCAUCACCUUGGGCCAGUACCUUCGGCAGCUGGCCCGCCACCGGAACUUCCUGUGGUUCGUGGGCAUGGACCUGGUGCAGGUCUUUCACUGCCACUUCAACAGCAACUUCUUCCCCCUCUUCCUGGAGCAUCUGUUGUCAGACCACAUCUCCCUCUCCACUGGCUCCUUCCUGUUGGGCAUCUCCUAUGUCGCUCCGCAUCUCAACAAUCUCUACUUCCUGCCCCUGUGCCGGCGCUGGGGCGUCUACGCUGUGGUGCGCGGGCUCUUCCUGCUCAAGCUGGGCCUGAGCCUGCUCAUGCUGUGCGCUGGCCCUGACCGCCCUGGCCUGCUCUGCCUCUUCAUUGCCAGCAACCGUGUCUUCACUGAGGGCACCUGUAAGCUGUUGACCUUGGUGGUCACUGACCUGGUGGACGAGGACCUGGUGCUGAACCACCGCAAGCAGGCGGCCUCAGCACUUCUCUUUGGCAUGGUGGCCUUGGUGACCAAGCCAGGCCAGACCUUCGCCCCGCUGCUGGGCACCUGGCUGCUGUGCUUCUACACAGGUCAUGAUCUCUUCCAGCAGCCCGCACUGACGCCUGUGGGGAGUGCCCAGCCCUGGCCAGAGCCCCCGGCUCCACCCCCACCACAGGCCCCGACGCUCCGCCAGGGCUGCUUCUACCUGCUGGUGCUGGUUCCCCUCACCUGUGCUCUGCUGCAGCUGUUCACCUGGUCCCAGUUCACGCUGUAUGGGAGACGCCUGCAUGCGGUCAAAGCCCAGCGUCAGAACCUGUCACGGGCCCAAACCCUGGACAUUAAGAUGGUGUGAGGGGAGCGGCAAGGCCACCCUGCUGAGGACACUACCUGCAGCCCUGGGCAGCCAGUCUCUUUCGCCUUCCUGGGGUGCAGCCUGGAGGACAGAUGGCGGAGUGGGAGCGCCUGGGGCUGCGCAGGGAGCGUCACUGAGGUCUAAGUUCCUGCUUGGCUGUCGGGCUCAGCUUGGGCAAGGGUUGGGGCGUUUGUGCUCAGGGACCCGCUUCCUCCUAUGCGGCAGGAGGAAGAAGAGGAUCACGAAGGGAGGGGGCCCGCCCUGUGGUCACGUGGGGUUGCUGUGGGCACAGAGGCCUAUCCCCCUUCCUGGCUGGGGCUGGCGCCCUAUGUGGGCUCGGAAACCACUUUGGCCUAGUCAGAGGAAACUGAGUCCCACCUCCCCUUGCGGUGGCUUCUCUCAGAACUCUCUGCCUCAGCUGUGCGUGGAGUAGCGCGCCCUAGCUGCUGCAGGGCGCCCGCGUCCCCAGCUGGCCUCUCAGCAAUGUUCAUUUCAUCACAGACUGAUCGAAGUCGGUCAUUUCUAUUCCCACUCCUGAGGUCUGUGCUGUGUGUGGGAGUGGUGGGUUGGGGAACAGGAUUCCUUACUUAAUAAGAGCAGCCUGAGAGCAUUUUCAGAGAUGAGUGGGGGGCCACCCACAUCAGUCACUGGGGUAGCAGGGAGAGCCUGCAGGCCCGUGGCCGCAUGGGCCCUUGGGAGCAAAACAGCUUUCAGGCCUGCGUUCGUAGCCCCAGUGCGUUUCCCACGUACCACGGCUGGACGUGGUGGGCAAGGAGGAGUGGCCACUUCUAGGCUAGAGGUCCUUAACCUUGGAGUCACUGGGGAGCUUGCAAAGAUGCUGGUGUCUGAGUUGUUCCCCAAGAUUCUGGUUUCAUGGGUCUGGGUACCGCCUGGCACUGGGGUUUCGGAAAGCUCUGUGGUGAUUUUCCCGUGCAGCUGGGACUGAGAACCUCUGCUUGAGGUCAGCGUUUCUCGGCCUCGACACCGCAGACACUUGGGGCUGGGCUGUUCUUCGUUGUGGGUGUUUAGCAGCAUCCCUGGCCUCUGCCUACUAGAUGUCAGUAGCAUCUCCCUCCAGUUGUGACGACCAAACAUCUCCAGGCAUUGCCAAGUGUGUCCUAAGGGGCAAAACUGACUUUGAUUGGGAACCACUGCUCUAGGCCAAUGGUUAUUUGAGGGUGUGCACAGCGGUUAAGAAUGUAGGCCCUAGGGCUAUAUUGCCUGGGUUCAAAUUCUAGCUAACAAAGGGCAGAGCUUUGGGAAAUUAUAUAAGGAAUAACAAACAUACUUACACUUUG